UUCUCAUUAUUAUAUUCACUGUAUGUAAACCUAGCGCUUUGCUUCACCGCCGCCGUUUUCUCGGAGUCGAUUCGUGCGUUCUCAGUUAAAAAAACUCCCGUCUCUCUCAUAAUGGCGUUUGCGGCGAUGAAACCAGCGAAGGCGGGGCUCGAGGAAUCCCCGCAACUUCAUCGCAUCCGGAUCACGCUCUCCUCGAAGAACGUGAAGAAUCUCGAGAAAGUUUGUGCUGAUCUGGUGAAGGGAGCGAAGGAUAAGAGUUUGUUGGUGAAAGGGCCGGUCAGGAUGCCGACCAAGGUUCUCAAUAUUACUACCAGGAAAUCCCCUUGUGGCGAAGGAACGAACACUUGGGACCGGUUUGAGCUUCGAGUACACAAGAGGGUGAUUGAUCUUACUAGCUCACCUGAAGUUGUGAAGCAGAUUACUUCCAUCACCAUCGAGCCUGGUGUUGAGGUCGAGGUCACAAUUGCGGAGCCAUGAGGCCUCUAUCAUGCAGGGUUUUGACCCUGGACUUGUUAUUGCAUUGUUGAGGAGCUGUAAUCAGAUAGUUGGGAGUCUAGUAUGCUUGUAAUCUCUGCUCCUUUAUUUAACCUUUUGAGUGCAGAAACUGAAGUCCUUCCUUUGAAUCGUUUCCCCUUAUGAUAAGUUUACUUGGAACUGCGAUUAUUACAUAAUGCAAGACACGGUAAUUAUUUUGUUUUGAGAUU